UAAGCGAGAGACAAGCUGAAGAAUUUAUAGAUAAUUAUCAGGAACGUCAAGCUUUAAAAGAAGAUUUCAUAGCAGCACAUCCAAAUUAUGGAGCAUCACUUUGGUGUAUAUCUCCUCAUAAUUCUAUUCGACGCUUUUGCCAAUUGCUUGUACCUUCAAGUUAUGGAAAACGCAUUCAAGGCGUUCCUCCAUCUCCAACAUGGA